GACGCAUAAAUGGGCAGGGUUUAGGGGUAUUCAACAGUGCGAUUAGGUGUACUUUCAGAAUAUUCACACACAAAGGUUAUUCUUAAAAGCAUAUAUUGUCGUCUCCUCAUUACAGCAUCGAAAAUAAUGAAGGGACUACUGAAUUCGAAGAUCUGUCUGACACUGGCUGUCAUCUUCUUUCUCGCAGAUAACGGACAUGGGACUCCAGCAAAAGGCAGAUAUAUGUGGGUUAAGUGCAGUCCAGACGCCAAGAAUACCAACUGUGAGACACAGAGGGGUCCCUGGAUGGACUUGCCCGGGCCUCCUGACAGACUCCCUUCAAUUGCCGUAAAGGAUAUAGUGCCGGAAGAGGCUGGCUCAGAGCCGGAGGAGCAGUCAGACGAGGGUUCUGCCACAGGAAUCCUUUUCACUGAGCAGGGCUCUGGCGACCAGUUGGGCAGCACAGAUGUGGAUGGGAUUGACUACCCUGGCUUUGUCUUCCCACCGAAAAUGACCAUGGAUCAGGCUCUGCCUCCUGCUCAGGAAUUGAAAGAGGAUCACCUGAUCCUGUAGCCUGCCAGAAUGCUAAAUAUUGAAAUUGUGAUGUCAAUCCAGUUGUGUAAAAUGCAUUUUGUAACCUCUCAUGAUUCCAUGAGCACCUUAAAAUGGAAUUUCCAUUUGAAUUAUUGUAUUUUCUGGUCAAUGCUAUCUGCAUCUUGUGAAAGUAGUAGUACCAUGCUAUUUGACCCAGGUAUUGAUGCUUGGCUGUGUAAGAUUGCAUUUAGGUAACUGAAGUGUGGGCAAUGUAAGUGGUUAUCCCCUUAGAGGGCGAGGUAAACUCCAAUAAAUAUACAGCCAUUGUUUGAGUGAUGA